AUAUUGUUCUGAGAAGCCACAGAAAAAGGGUAGGCAUGUAGGAAAUUGGGGUAUACGUUGCCGCAAAAGAGACAAAUACUGUAUGGGCUUAUUUUGCCAAAGAAAACACAGCAGUUGCACCCUGUUUUGCAAAAACCUUCAGUGUUUGGGAAUGAUUCUGAUGAUGAUGAUGAGGACAUCUUGUAGGAAAUCCAUCAGGAAGUUGCUGUUUACCAAGCACAGACUCUCAUGGAAGUUCAUUGAGCAAACAGAUCAGGGCUGCCACCUCAACCUGGCCAGUCUGCUGCUUUGACAUUACCUUCAGCACUAGACCUCCGUGAGUGAAAGCCUUCAGAGGGAAGCUGCUAAGAAGCAGGCCAUGAAACAGACCAAACUGGAAAUCCAGAAGGCCCUUGCAGAAGAUUCUACUGUAUAUGAAUAUGACAGUAUUUAUGAUGAAAUGCAGAAACAAAAGGAAGAAAAUAAUCCCAAAUUGCUUUUGGGGAAAGACCGAAAGCCCAAGUAUAUUCACAACUUGCUAAAAGCAGUUGAGAUCAGAAAAAAGGAACAGGAAAAAAGAAUGGAGAAGAAAAUACAGAGAGAACGAGAAAUGGAAAAGGGAGAGUUUGAUGAUAAAGAGGCAUUUGUGACAUCUGCAUAUAAGAAAAAACUGCAAGAGAGAGCUGAAGAAGAAGAAAGAGAAAAAAGGGCUGCUGCACUGGAAGCAUGUUUAGAUGUAACUAAGCAGAAAGAUCUCAGUGGAUUUUAUAGGCACCUAUUAAAUCAAGCAGUUGGUGAAGAGGAAAUACCUAAAUGCAGCUUUCGUGAAGCCAGAUCUGGUGUAAAGAAAGAGAAAUCAAGGGGUUACUCCGAUGAAGUAGAAAACAGAAUACCACAAGAGAAAUACAUUCUUCAAGCUGAUGUGAAAGUAGAGGAAAACCCAGAUGCAGACAGUGACUUUGUUGCUAACAGCAGCGAGGAUGAUGAAAAAGAAGAAACUACAGUGAAUUGCAGAAGAAAAAAGGUCAUUGAGACCCCUGAGAAUGACUCCAAGCACCACAGGAAUCAAAACGACUCUCAGUCGCCUAGUGAAGAAAGAGGGCAUGGUGCCAGACACCACACAAAAGGAUCACGAACAUCGAGAGGACAUGAGAAAAGAGAAGAUCAGCACCAGCAGAAGCAAUCCAGAGACCAGGAGAACCAUGACACUGACCGUGAUUACCGGAAAGAAAGAGAUUCUCAUAGGCACAGAGAUGCCAGUCAUAGAGAUUCCCAUUGGAAGAGGCAUGAACAGGAAGAUAAACCAAGGACGAGGGACCUAAGAGAAAGAAGUGACAGAGAAUGGAAAAGGGAGAAAGACAGGGAGAGAUAUUCCCAAAGAGAACAAGAAAUGGACAGACAGCAAAAUGAUCAGAACCGACACCGUGAGAAAGGAGAGAAGGAAGAGAAAACCAAAGCUAAGGAAGAACAUAUGAAAGGAAGGAGGGAAAGAUAUGAAAAUAAUGAUAAAUACAGAGAUAGAGAAAAAGGAGAAGUAAGUGUUCAGUCUUCAGAAAGACAUCGAGACAGAAAGGAAAGCAGCCCAAGUUCCAGGGCAAAGGAUAAAUUUCUUGACCAAGAAAGAUCCAACAAAAUGAGAAACAUGGCAAAGGACAAAGAAAGAAACCAGGAGAAACUCUCUAAUUCUGAACUAUCACUGGGAGCAAAACACAGACUCACAGAAGAAAGGCAAGAGAAGGAUAAAGAACAAGAGAGACCACCUGAGGCAGUAAGCAAGUUUGCAAAGCGGAACAACGAAGAAACUGUAAUGUCAGCUAGAGACAGGUAUUUAGCCAGGCAGAUGGCACGGGUUAAUGCAAAGACCUAUAUUGAGAAAGAAGAUGAUUGAUGGCUACCCCGAGAGAAAGAUUUGAGGAAACACAGAAAACUCUUAAUUCCUCGAAUCUGCUGUGUCAAACCAUAAAGGAAUGUGUUACCAGUAGUUUGGAGGGAAUUUUUAAAUUUAUUUUCAAAAACUGUAGGUUAAAAUCAAAAGUCAAUCUAACAUCUUGAAUGUUUGGAAGUCUGGAUAUGGAUGUUUGGCUAAAUUUAUAUACAGUAUGUACUUACAAUACCACAUUCUUUGUUGUAUUCAAGAACCAUAAGUGUGCUAAUUCCCUGUAGUUACAUAAUGAGGAAAAUUGGCUCCACUACAGCCAUUAAAAUUAAUUUUGGCCAGACGUGGUAGCUCAUGACUGUAAUACCAACAUUUUGGGAGGCUGAGGCAGAAGGAUCACUUGAGGCCAGGCAUUCAAGACCAGCCUGGGCAGGAUAAUGACGCCUUGUCUCUAUUUAAAAAACAAGCCUGGGCGGGGUAUGGUGGUUCAAGCCUGUAAUCCCAGCACUUUGGGAGGCCGAGGCGGGUGGAUCACGAGGUCAAGAGAUCGAGACCAUCCUGGUCAACAUGGUAAAACACCAUCUCUACUAAAAAUACAAAAAAUCAGCUGGGCAUGGUGGCGCGUGCCUGGAAUCCCAGCUACUCGGGAGGCUGAGGCAGGAGAAUUGCCUGAACCCAGGAGGCGGAGGUUGCGGUGAGCCGAGAUUGCGCCAUUGCCCUCCAGCCUGGAUAACAAGAGCGAAACUCCGUCUCAAAAAAAAAAAACAAGCCUGGCAUGGUGUACAUGCCAGUAGUCCCAGCUGUGUUUGAGAGACUGAGGCAGGAGGAUCACUUGAGCCUAAGAAUUUGACGUUACAGUGAGCUAUGAUCAUACCACUGCACUCCAACCUGGGCAACAGAGCAGGACCCUGUUUCUAAAAAAAAUUUUUUUAAUAAAUAAUUUAACUCUUUUAAUAAUGUUGGCUUUGUUGCAGGAGCUGUUUGUUUUAUAAAUAUUGUAUUUCGAUAAAAUAUGCAUUGGAACAAUAGAAAAUAUACUUUUAUGUUCUGAAAUUUGUAUUAAAGUGUAAAAUGUGAAUCAUCUUGUCUAGGUAGCUUACAGCAUAGUUGGCUUAAAUGAAAAUAAUGAUAUGCUUAUACAUUUUAUUAAUGUAUUUAAAAGUAAUUUCACUCAUGUCACAAUUCAUCUAUUUGCUUUUAGUAUAAAUUAAUUUGUAGUUAGUAAAUUGGUUGUGCAUGUAAAUUACUUUUAGCUAAAGGUGAAAAUGUGUAGACAUUUAGCCUAAAUGAAAUAGCUAAAGAUCCAGGUGACCUAUUUCUAAACAUGUCUUGUUUUAUGUAUUCUGAAAAAGGUAGUGCAGUUUACUACAAGUUCCACUUGUGUUUAAAAAUAAAACUAGUAUCUUUCUCCUGAGUCUUUGAUAUUCAGGAGAUAUAAUUA